CACCCACAGCAAUCAACCCGUCUUUAUUCCGGGCGAGUGGCCGUUCUACGGUCGUCUCCAGGCGCGUUCCUGAGCAGGGCCAAGCCCCUCUCCGGAGAGUGCCCGUGCGCCAGCUGAUCCGGAUGAACUGUCACAACCCGGAGCCUGCGCACUGAGGCCACGGGGAUUUCCAGCAGUACAGCGGAAAAGCUUGGAGUUUAAAAAAUGCACAGCAUCAUGAUCGUGACCUUCUCUGCCUGGUGACCUUGAAUUCACUACUUUUGACAGGGCAGAGGCUAGAGCUCCGGAUGCAACUCAGGACCACCAAACUGUGAACCACCAGCCCCCUCUGACCUUAUUUUAUUUCCCACAUUUUCCCUGGAGAGCCCACAUAGACUGCUAAUAAAAUUACCAGAGAUGCCCCAAAGCAGAGGGUGGUCUUACAGGCAAAAGCCUAACCACCCCAAUUACCCUAAACCAGGAACCAGUUAAGUUCAAUACUACUACCGAUCCCCUUUCGUCUUUAGAAUGGUGACAGCUUCCUGAUUGAGGCCAGAGGCGUUUUCUAGUGCAUUUCUCAAAAUCCUCAGCGGAGUCUAUUUGUGUGCAUGUCCUGAGAUGGCGGCAGAGAGGGGCUGCUGAGUGUCGUCCCGGUCCUUGGCAUGAGAGAGGGAGUGAGAGAGGAGUGUCACGGCUGAGCAGUUCACUGCUGCGCCGCCAAUGGAUGCUAAACUGCAAGAGGACCUGUUCCGGAGGUACGUGGCAUGCCUGGAGAGGCGGCUGGAGGACGGAGGGGGGAAUGCGGGCGCUGGGAAAGGCACAUCACAGAGGGGCAGCGAGGCCCUACUCUCCACGGCCACGGCCCUGCUGGGGGCCUACCAGCCAGACCCGGGCCAGAGGUUCCGCAUGGUGCGCUUCUAUGAGGUGGUGGAGAAUGCCAUGCGCUGCCUGAGAGGCUGCAGUCUGCGUGGCCUGGAGAGAGCCUUCCUCACCCUGGAGACGGUCUGCACCAACCUGCUGCUCUUCCCCUGGAAGAAAGAGUUCCGCUGCAUCAAGACUUUCACAGGCCCGUAUGUCUACCACCUUCAGGCUGUCUUGUGUGACGCCGAUCUCCGUUCCCUCCUGCGUUCCAUGGGCUACUCCCAUGAACACGAGCUCCAGUUCCAUGUCCGGGACCACCCUGGUGGCCCGGCCCACCUCCGGCAGCUAGCCUUUGAGCUCUUCCUGGCCCAGGCAGAGUGUCGUCUCCUUGGGGAGGUGGUGGCUCUGGCCCGGGGCUCAGCUUCUGAGCUGGAGGCCCUGGAGCAACGGAGGGGCUGCCGGGACGACGCAGCCGGCUGUGCCGAGGUCCUUCGGCGGCGGGACAGCCUCGGGGCUGACAUGGCCCGGCUCUCUGUGCGACCAGUGGACAUAGGUCACCCUCACCAUCUGAGGAGAGGGGGAAGGCCGUCCAAGUCAGUGGAUGUGACGGAUGGAGCUGGGCAUUGGCACACAGCCUGUAAGCCUGUCCUGAAAGCCUCUCUGAGCCUUAGGAAGGAACCUCUGUUUGUGGAUGCAGAGGAGGACAUGAAGGAUGAGAUCAUCAGGCCCAGCACCUCCAUAUCCAUGUUUUCUGUGGCUGCCCCGCCUUCUUACAGCCCCUUGGCUGACUUCUUCCCUAUCCAAUCACCGCCCUCUGUUGAUGCCUACUCCUCCUACCACCUCUCCUCAUUGGAUGAGAUUGAUCUGUACACAGAGAGGGGUGGGCCUGGGGUUGGAGGUCGACAGACGCCUUCCAGACCUUCAUCCAGGGAACCCUGGGAUGCCAGGGAUGGCUGGGCGUUCAAAGCCCAUGGCGGACUCUCUUCUCUGGGGUUGAAGUGUCAGGGUUGUGGCCUGGGCUGCUCCAGCCUGGCCUCCUGCCCUAGGUGUGACAUGAUCCUGUGCCCGGCCUGUCGCGACAUCGACCUCCCCUGUUGUGGCCUGCAGGAGUACCCAACCCCCAAAUCACCCCGCCCCAUGGAUGGCUACCUCCCCGUCAAGGAGAAGCUGUCAGUAUACUCCAACACCCACUCUCCUCACCCCCAUAUGCACCCUCAUCCCCUCACCCUCACCCAACAGCACACCCACCCCCACCCCCAGAUGGUAGAGAAACCCCUUAUGGCCACCAAGCUGUUUCCCAGCAAGUCGGUAGCCAAUGCUGACCGAGCAAGUCUGGUGGGGUCGCGGUGCGGGUUCUGUAACAAGCCGGGGGCAUCUCACACCUGUGUGAACUGCUCCAAGGUAUCGUGUGACUCGUGCAUGAGCCUGUACGGCAAAGACUUGUGCACACGUAAAAACCCCCAGCACAGCUUUGUCCCCAACCAUCAGCUCAACUUUAAGUCUGGAACCAUAUCACACCUGGUGUACCGAUGAGCAGGGAGUGAACUCUCUCACUUUCCUCUCACCCUUCCCUUGUACCCUUGCACUCUCCCCUGCCCUUUCUUUCCUCCCCUCCCUCAUAUCGUCUCUAUCAGAUGUAUGCCUCUGGAAUACAUACAUUACACAUGUUCAUAGGGAGUCCUCUCUCUCUGCCUUGUAAAAGAUCAUGCUUUUUUUAACUGGUUCCUCCUCUUCCUUACUGCUCCACCCCCUCUAGCUUAGUCAUGUGACGUCGUAGGGCUUCCCAAUCCCUUAAAUCUAUUCCUCCUUCAAACGAAACGCACGACGGCUCGAAGGAAAGCCGCCCAAACAAAACACAAGCUGACAUAACUUGUCAGCCGAGGAGACUCCGUUAGAUGUGUCGUACAGAAGACUUCUGAAACUGGAUUGUGUGCACUGAUGAACUUUUUAACCUUGAAAACCAAUAGGAAAGAACACUGAACUUACACUGGAAUUAAAUAGUAUAUAUUUUCAAUGGUUCAUUCCGUAGAUCAAUGUAAGACUGUUAGUUGGGUGGUGAGAGGCUGAAGUGAACAUUUGGUGUGGGGGUUGAUGCUUUAAAGGGAUAUUUUGAGACAGACUAUUAUGGCAACUGACCACUAUUUAAAGAACAAUCACUUGUACAUUUACCCUUAAAUAUUUAGUGUAUGGCUGAGGUUUACAUGCUGCUGUGGAAAUUGGAGAUGUUUUGUUGUAUCAGUUUAUCAUAUCACUUACAUUUUCACAACACACCUAAAUUCUCAAUCUCAUUGCUAUCAUGCUGAUAUGUCACCCAGCGUCUUGGAGGUGGCUGUUGUUUGGAGUAAUCCAAUAAACUGGAGGACCCUAAGAAAUUAAGUCUAAAGCCAGUGACAGUCCCGAAAAUAUAUAUGAACUUCACUCUUUGCUACACUGGCAUUUAGACACUACAGGGAGAAGUUUCCGUUCUGUGACAGGGAGAAGUUUCGGUUCUGACAGAAGUUUCUGUUUAUGACAGGGAGAAGUUUCUGUUUAUGACAGGGAGAAGUUUCUGUUUAUGACAGCUUACCCAGAUGGUAAUUCUCCCAACUGAUCUUCAGUUAGUGUUUUACAACCUGUUCCUUCUCCUAUUUACAGUGGGGUUUGAAAUUACUGACACCCUUGAUAAAGAUAAGCAAAAUAAAUCAAAUACUGAGCUAUACUGUAUGCUGAAAAGAAUGUGCUAAGAAUACCUAUUUUCAUGUCAAUUAACUAAUGUAAACACUUGGAGUUUACUGAAUGACAUUGGCAUUUGGAUUGUAGCUGCUGCUUUGGUCAGAGGUGAAAAUAAAUGUCUUUGGCCAUGCACACCAGUGGUGGGUUUGGCGUUGAAAUGAGAAUGCAGAAAAUAACCCCAUUCCUACUGUAAAAUAUGGUGGUGGAUCUUUGAUGUUAUGGGGCUAUUUUGCUUCCACUGGUCCUGGGGCCCUUAAGGUGGGGGCGGCAGGUAGCCUAGUGGUUAGAGCAUUGGACUAGUAGCCGGAAGCAUUUCGCUACACUCGCAUUAACAUCUGCUAACCAUGAGUAUGUGACCAAUAAAAUUUGAUUCAGAAGGUUGCAA